AUGGGCUCACUAGCAGUCGAGGAUCAAACACUCCCUCAAGCCAACACCCCUUUCGGACUCCAACCGUCUAUCCUCACGGCCAAGUGCCAUCCGCUCGUCGAGGAGGUCACCAAGGAAGUCGACGCCUACUUCUCCGAGCAUUGGCCCUUCAAGGACGAGAAGCAACGCAACAAGUUCAUGUCCCAAGGCAUCCCACGAGUGACGUGCCUGUACUGUGCCAAUGCCCUCGACGACAGAAUUGCGUUUGCAUGCAAGCUGAUUACCAUUACCUUUCUCACAGACGACGUCCUCGACCACAUGUCCCUCGACGACGGCAUCGUAUACAACGAGAAACUCAUGCGGCUCGCCCGCGGGGACGAACAGCCCGACCGUUCCAUCCCGGUCGAGUACAUGAUGUACGACAUCUGGGAGAGCAUGCGAGCCCACGACAAGUCGCUGGCCGACGAAGUCCUCGAGCCGGCGUUUGUGUUUAUGCGCGCCCAGGUCGACAAGCAGCGCCUGAAGCCGAUGGAUCUGCAGACGUACUUUGAGUAUCGCGAGCAAGACGUGGGCAAGGCCUUCCUUUCGGCAAUCAUGCGCUUCUCAAUGGGUCUGCACAUGACCAGCGAAGAGCUCGACCUCGCGAGACCCGUCGAGGAGAACUGCUCCAAGAGCAUCUCGGUCGUCAACGACAUCUGCAGCUACGAAAAGGAGGUCCGCAUCGCGGCGCGCGGUCACGAGGGCGGCGCCCUGUGCUCGUCCGUGCCCAUCAUGCAGACGAUCGCCAACGUGGACGUGCCCGGGGCGAAACGCAUCCUCUGGCAGAUGUGCCGGGAGUGGGAGGUCAGGCAUAGGCAGCUCGUCGACGAGGUCACGCAGAAGAGUGCGUCCCCUGCUCUGGCCGCGUACCUGGAGGGCCUGGAGUACCAGAUGGCCGGGAAUGAGGUCUGGAGUCUCAUCACGCCACGAUAUAAUGACGCGACUGUUGGCUAG